AUGUCUCCCUCUAUUCACAAUCUGCCGCUCCUGGGUCCUCUGGUCGGCCUCAGCACUUGGACAUUCGCAAUGGAAGGCCUCUUAUAUGCACGCCGAAUUCCAGCGCUUUCUAAGUACGACGUCACGUUCGAUCCCGCCACUGUUAAGAGGCAGAAAGCAGACAAACUGCCUCCAUAUGUGCAGUGGCCGGCUGAUAACUUCAAUAACUUGCUCGAGCAACCUACUCAGUUCUAUGCCGUAAUGCUUGCUUUGACCUUGUUGGGUGUUACGGACAGGGUCACGGUGCGCCUGGCGUGGGGCUAUGUCGGUCUGAGAUUCCUUCACAGCAUCAUUCACGUCACGACCAACAACCUUAACCUGCGCUUCCCCACUUUUGCCGCAAGUUCAUUUAUGCUUUUGGGCAUUACUGCCAAGGCGGCUUGGGAGCUCUUGGUUUAA